AUUCUCUGCCAAUUCGCUCUCACGCGACUCCGCUAGCUCCAACCCGACCUCAUCCCACAUUGUGGUGACCACGGAGAUAUUCGGGAACGCAUCUUCACCAGAGAUGCUGGAGCAGCUGCAAGUUCUGCUUGGUUGUGCCGUCCAUGCGGAUGUCUGCAAUACGAUGUGUGUACAGGAUGCCCGAGAGUCGGCGUCCCUCUGCAUAUCUGAGAGAGUGAGCGUUUCGUGGUCGGAAUCUGGUGGAUGUCCUGCUCACGCGUAUGCGAGCUGGAUCAGUUCGCUCAAUGCCCUUUCUUGAGAGAUGAAAGAACUGUGCUGUCUUUCUCAGAACUGCUGGCUAUGUUCUCUUCAAGGUCGAUUCCCGAGCGGGGGGUCCCAGUGUGCAAUACGACUUCGAGGCACUGGAGUUGUUGC